AUGGCUCCGAUUGCAGUCGGCGAUGUGAUACCGGACGGUUCUCUGUCUUACUUCGACGAGGAGGACAAGGUCCAAGCGGUCAAUAUCCACUCUCUCGCCGCCGGUAAAAAAGUGAUCCUCUUUGGCGUCCCCGGUGCCUUCACCCCAACUUGCAGUUUGAAGCAUGUGCCUGGAUUCAUUGAGAAGGCAGACGAGCUUAAAUCUAAGGGUGUUGACAAAAUUCUCUGUCUUAGCGUGAAUGACCCCUUUGUGAUGAAGGCUUGGGCAAAAUCAUUCCCUGAGAACAAGCAUGUCCUUUUCCUUGCUGAUGGCUCAGCAAAAUACACCCAUGAUCUUGGCCUUGAGCUUGACCUUUCGGAGAAAGGACUUGGAACUCGUUCUAGGAGGUUUGCUCUCCUAGUCGAUGACCUCAAGGUGAAGGCUGCAAAUAUUGAAAGCGGAGGAGAAUUUACUGUCUCCAGUGCUGAUGAUAUCCUCAAGGCUCUUUGA